GAGGAAACUGCAGAGGACGCCGCUCAGCAGCAGAACACAAUGAAGACUUGCUGCUGACUUUUCAAUUGUGACCUGUAGUGCCAUUCUUUUUUUUUUCUUUCUGCAAGGACUAGAAGAUAAAGGAGCCCGGGAGAAUCUAACCUUGAGUAAGUGGACUUAUCAGCACCUUUUUGGACCUUGCACCCUCCGCCCUUGCCUCCGGCACGGGUUUGAUCACAUGCGAAGACAAUCUACUGUCCUAUUCCUGUCCAUGUGCUGCUGAGACGGUCUGUUAAGAUGGCAGGAGAUGACCCCAGAUAGCCGGAGACGUACUGGCGAGUAUUCAGGCUUUGCUGGCUGAGAUUCUAACAGGAGCGAGCUUUUCCUGCUAACAAACAAAUCGAAAGAAACGAUGACGUCCUUCAGUCAGCUUCCCACACAAGAGGCUGCCAACGGCAGCGUCCCUUCCAUCAAGACGGAAGAGUCCCAGGAGUCCAUGAAGCUGAAGAAGGAGAUCUCCCUCCUCAACGGGGUGUGCUUGAUCGUGGGUAACAUGAUUGGCUCGGGCAUCUUCGUGUCACCCAAGGGCGUCCUCAUUCACAGCGCCUCCUAUGGGCUGUCCCUGGUGGUGUGGACUGUUGGUGGCAUCUUCUCCGUCUUCGGGGCGCUGUGCUACGCUGAGCUGGGGACCACCAUCACCAAGUCAGGGGCUUCCUACGCGUACAUCCUGGAGGCCUUCGGGGGCUUCCUGGCCUUCAUCCGCCUGUGGACGUCACUGCUCAUCAUUGAGCCCACCAGCCAGGCCGUCAUUGCUAUCACCUUCUCCAACUACAUGGUGCAGCCCAUCUUCCCCACGUGCAUUGCGCCGUACGUGGCCAAUAGGCUGCUGGCCGCCGCCUGCAUAUGUUUGCUGACCUUUGUCAACUGUGCCUAUGUGAAAUGGGGCACAAGGGUGCAGGACUUCUUCACCUAUGCCAAAGUCAUCGCCCUCAUUGCAGUCAUCAUCACAGGCCUCGUUAAGAUCGCUCAAGGUCACACACAAAACUUUGAGGGCCUUUUCGACGGAUCAUCUCGGGACCCCGGAGACAUCGCCUUGGCGCUCUACUCGGCUUUGUUCUCCUACUCUGGAUGGGACACACUCAACUUUGUCACAGAGGAGAUCAAGAACCCUGAAAGGAACCUGCCACUGGCCAUCGCGAUUUCCAUGCCCAUCGUGACCGUAAUCUACAUUUUGACCAACGUAGCCUACUACACCAUCCUGCCCAUGAACGCCAUCUUAGACAGCGAUGCUGUGGCCGUGACGUUUGCAGAUCAGGUGUUCGGCGUGAUGAACUGGACAAUUCCCUUGGCGGUCGCUCUGUCUUGUUUCGGAGGACUCAACGCCUCCAUCCUGGCGUCCUCCAGGCUCUUCUUUGUAGGCUCCAGAGAGGGACACCUGCCCGACUACCUGUGCAUGAUCCAUGUCCACCGCUACACCCCCAUCCCUGCCCUGCUCUUCAACGGCAUCAUGGCUCUUAUCUACCUGUGUGUGGAGGACGUCUUCAGGCUCAUCAACUACUACAGCUUCAGCUACUGGUUCUUUGUGGGCCUGUCCAUUCUGGGACAACUGUACCUGCGCUGGAAGCAGCCGAACAGAAAGAGACCGCUGAAGCUUAGCCUGCUGUACCCCAUCAUUUUCUGCCUCCUCACCAUCUUCCUGGUGGUGGUGCCACUCUACAGUGACACCAUCAACUCCCUGAUUGGCAUCGGCAUCGCUCUGUCCGGGGUGCCAGUUUACUUCCUGUGCUGCUACACUCCGGCCCACAAGAGGCCAUUGUGGUUACGGAGCUUCAUCGCCAAGUCUGGUGUGCUCAUUCAGAAGGUGUGCUUCUCCGUUUUAACGGAAAUGGACGUGGAACAUCUCGACUAGAGCGACUAGGCUGGACCACAACCUACUGGGGUUGCUGAAGUUUCUCACAAGACCUAUGCUGGGUUUGAGCAGGACCUGGAAAUCUUUCAAUUAUUACUCUGGUCAAAGUGUUUUGUUUUGUUGUUUUUUUUUUUUACUCAACCUUUUAAUGCACUGCAAAACCAACUUUUCUUUCCUCCAGAAGUGUACGUAUUUGAGAACUAUUUAAUUGCUGUGUCAAGUGGCAUCACAUCUUUUUAAUUUUACUAGGAAGGAAAAAUAUUAUGAUCUCCGAGUUCUUCCAGCGGAAACAGAAAGCACUGCUGGCCACAGUUUUAUUCACAACAAGCCGUAAAGAGACUUAGUUGAUAGUCAAUCCCACAAGGGUUAUUUUUUGUUUCGUUGGUGUCUCUCCAAGAAAAAAAUGAGUUUAUUAUUUAUAAUAAAAUUAUGUAACAACUUUUAUCCUGUGUGUUGUGUCCCAAAUAAAAUGACCAAAAAAAAAGGUGAUUUGAAACA